GGCAGAGCAGCAGCAGCACCAGCAUCCCGGCUAACCAGCGGUACCUCACCGAUCUCCCAUCAUCAGCCAAGUGGUUUCUCACUGAGCAUCCUCCAGAAAGAACGAGAUAAAAGAUAAGAUGGCCACCUCCUCCUCCACUCUGGAAGAAGACGAGAGUUUGAAGGGCUGUGAAAUAUUUGUGCAGAAGCAUAACAUCCAGCAGAUCCUCAAAGAGUGCAUUGUGAACCUCUGCAUCGCUAAGCCUGAGCGUCCUAUGAAGUUCCUGCGGGAGCAUUUUGAAAAGCUGGAGAAGGAAGAAUGCAAGCAGAUCAUGGCACGACAGAAAUCUAACAGCCAAUCGGACUCACACGAUGAUGAGGUUUCUCCCCCACCGCCCAACCCUGUUGUCAAGGCCCGGCGCCGUAGGGGAGGGGUCAGCGCCGAGGUCUACACUGAAGAGGACGCUGUCAGCUACGUACGCAAGGUUAUCCCAAAGGACUACAAGACCAUGACCGCCUUGGCCAAGGCCAUCUCCAAGAAUGUGCUCUUUGCUCACCUGGACGAUAAUGAGAGAAGUGACAUAUUUGAUGCCAUGUUCCCAGUCACCCACAUCGCGGGGGAAACAGUCAUCCAGCAAGGCGAUGAAGGAGACAACUUCUAUGUGAUUGACCAAGGUGAAGUGGACGUGUAUGUGAACGGGGAGUGGGUGACCAGUAUUGGAGAAGGUGGUAGUUUUGGAGAGCUGGCCCUGAUCUAUGGGACUCCAAGAGCUGCCACCGUCAAGGCCAAGACUGAUCUCAAACUGUGGGGCAUUGACCGAGACAGCUACCGGCGCAUCCUCAUGGGCAGCACACUGAGGAAGAGAAAGAUGUAUGAAGAGUUCCUCAGCAAGGUCUCCAUCCUCGAGUCUCUAGACAAGUGGGAACGUCUGACUGUGGCCGAUGCUCUGGAGCCUGUUCAGUUUGAGGAUGGAGAGAAGAUAGUGGUGCAGGGAGAGCCUGGUGAUGACUUCUUCAUUAUUACAGAGGGAAUAGCCUCUGUUCUGCAACGCAGGUCUGACAACGAGGAGUACGUGGAGGUUGGCCGCCUCGGACCCUCUGAUUACUUUGGUGAAAUCGCCCUGCUCUUGAACCGUCCCAGGGCAGCCACCGUAGUCGCUCGUGGUCCGCUCAAGUGCGUGAAGCUGGACAGGCCCCGAUUUGAGCGUGUGCUGGGGCCGUGCUCAGAGAUCCUCAAGAGGAACAUCCAGAGAUACAACAGCUUCAUCUCCCUCACCGUGUGACAGGUCGGCCCCUUCUGGGCCCCACCAGCAGGGGUGGGCAGCAGCAUCAGAGUUUGGGUCCGUGGGUGGGAAGAGGUGAGGACGCGGGGUAAAGGACAUUGGUUUUACAUCCACAACUACAGGGCGCUCAUUUUCUGCCCUUUUUUUUCCCAUUUUGCGCCUUUCUUUUUUUUUGAGCUUGUGCACUUUUACUUGACCCGUGCUGUCACGUAGCUUCAUGUCAAAACCAACAUGCAGGAGUGUAAAUAUCAGAGUGAGGACAGAGACCAUUCAACUCAUUAUACACUGUAAAUGAGUCAUGCUUCUGGAAUGACAAAGAAUGGCGUUUGCACUUUCAUGAAUUUAUGAAGGGUUAGGAAGAAUUCAGGAAAUAAGAAGGAAGUAAAGUCAUGUUUACGUACAGCGGGAGGAAGUGAAUAGACAUUUCUUUUUUCGCUGGCUGUUGUUUGCCUUUUCUUUCACUUCCGGGUGUGCUUUGGUGCCAUUUCUAGGUCAAAUCAGUCCUGCACUACACAGACCUCUGUUCCCCUGAGACGUAGAUGUAGAGGUGCGAAAAAUUAUAAAUUAUUGGCUGUUUCAUUUUUAGUGCUUCUUAAGUGUGCUUUUAUUGCUAUUGUCAGUUAGGGGGUUUGUUAAAGGCAGUGAUAUGUUUAGUUAAGAUUUUAAUAGUACGUAGCGUCUGCCAGCAAAAUUAACAAGAGGUUGCUUUUUUCUCAAAAAAUUCCUAUCUGUCCACUCCCAAUAUUCCCUGAAGUGGCUCAGUCUGAUCUGUGAGCUGUGGGAUUCCAAAGAAGCAGUAGUGUUAUCAGUCCGGUCCACAUGCACACAAACAGUCUGAAACCCACAGACAUGAAACAUACAACCAUACUGUAUGUGCUUACACUGUCUCCGGACUAUAUCAAUCCUCAACACUCACAUAGACACACACACACACACACACACACACACACGUCUUGCCUGAUGCUUUUUUUUUUAAGCUGAUUUUGUUCUGUGUUAAAUUGCUAGAUGAAAGCUUUUGCACCACUCUAGAGUUUGUAACGUUUGGUUUGAUUUAGCGGUUUUUAAGACAUGACUUAUAUGCUAUAAAUAUAUAAAAAGAAGUAAAAAAUAUACUUGUGUUGCUUUCCUUUGAUCUACUGUAAGCUGUCAAAGUUGCACAACUGACCCAGCGACUGAUGUUGUAUAAAAUGGGACCUUAUGAAAAGAAUCUUUCUAUAUUCUCUGUCUCUCCCUCUGUGUAUGUCUUUCUUUCAUCUAUCAAACCAUC